AUGUUACUUGACGCCAACGUCCACUGGACCGCAGUCGCAUGGCGCGCCUUCGUCUCAGCCGUUGCGUGCUGGGCUCUUUACUCAGUGGCCGUUUACGUAUACAGACUGACGCUGCACCCUCUCGCCGGCUACCCAGGACCAAAGUUCGCGGCAGCGUCCUAUCUCUACGAGUUCUGGCACGACGUCGUCCUUGACGCCAGAUACACGGAAGAGAUUGCGAAGCUCCAUGAGAGAUACGGUCCACUGAUCCGGAUCAACCCACACGAGUUGCACUGUAGCGACCCCAGCUUUGUCGAUGUCCUAUACCCGGUGGCGGGUAACCGCAGACGCAACAAGACGGAGCAUCAAAUGUCGGGUUUUGGAGGCCUGUCACUGUGCGGGCGCGGCUGGUUCGACGCCGGCGGCGCCUUCAACUGCUUCACCACCGACGCCAUCGUGGAAUACUGCUACGGGGAGAGUCCGGGAUUUCUCGACCAGGAAGGCUGGCAGCCGAACUGCAAGGACGUCUUCGAGGCCCUCGAGACCAGAUCUCACUUCACCAGACACCUCCCUUGGCUGGCCAGGUCCAUAAUGCGAACAAUGUCCGGCACCUAUGACUCGCCACUGCGCUAUCAUGUCCAGAUGCCCGAGCGGCUGAAGCGAGUGAUCGCAGUCGGGGGAACAGACGAGGCCAAAACCCGCCCCGUAUUUGCGGAACUGCUCAGGUCGGACCUCCCGCCACACGAAAAGACGCCCAAACGACUGGCCUAUGACUCCAACGGGGCUGCCUUGGCCGGGCCCCAGUCGACGGCAACAGCACUGAGCAACAUAGUCUACCGCCUCGUCAAACAGCCAGAUAUCGCCAAGAGGCUCCGAGAAGAGGUCAUGGCAAACGUGCCCGACCCAAAAGAGCUACCAAGCUGGCCGACCCUGGAGCAGCUGCCGUACCUCAGCGCCGUCAUCCUAGAGGGCCUUAGGCUAAUCUUCGACUUCUCGCAGGAGAGGCUCUCGUACGAGCCUUCGCAAGAAAGACUGGCUCGUGUGGCGGUGGACGAAGACCUGCAGUACGAAGAUGACGGCGGCGUGGAAAGCGGCCAUCUUCCGGCCAAGACGGUGUACACUAUCCCGCGCGGCACCGCCGUGGGCAUGUCGGCCUGCUUGGUGCAUCUGGACGAGUCCAUAUUCCCGGAAGCAAACGCGUUUCGGCCCGAGAGGUGGCUAGACGACGCCGGGCAGAGGCACAGCCGCCUCGACCGCCAUCUCCUCAGCUUCUCCAAGGGAAGCCGAUUCUGUGUCGGUUUUCAGCUGGCGUACUGCGUUUUGUAUGUGAGCGUAGCGGAACUGGCGCUGCGUGUCCUGCCGCGCCUGGAGGUUCGCGAUCGAAGGCGGCACGGAGACGAGCAAGUCUACAACGACGACGGCGAAAAGGAGCCGAGGAAGACAACAAAGGGAUACGACAUGAGGGUCGUCGAUGUCUGA